AUGACGCAUAAUUCAGCAAGUCAGUUAACAUUUGCACAAGAUGACUUACUGUCAAUCGUAGAACAAGGAAAUAAAGAAAAUUUUAUUAUUAUAUGGCUUAAUGAAUGUGAUAAAAAUGAAACAAAUAAUUUUAUGGAAGUAUGCUGUGCUUUAAGUGGUAUCAUUAAUCAUUUACAUCUAUUUAAUGAUGUUGAUAAUUGUAUUGAUUAUAUAACAUCACUUCCAUCGAAUAUACACACAUUUCUAAUUUUAUCCUCGCAUAAAUUCAUCAUUUCUCUUAUUUAUCAAUUACCUCAAAUUAGAUGUAUUUAUAUAUUUAACAUAAAUCAAACGAAUGAUGAUAUGAGUUAUAUAGAAUAUAUUAAACAUCAGAAUAUACUGAAUGACAAACAAUUACUUAUCGAUAAAAUAAAUAUAGAUAUUCAACUAUAUUCAAAGCACCUUUCAACGCCUAUGACAUUUUUCAAAAAUAUCGAUGAAAAUAUUGAAGAGAAAUCUAUUAAAAAUCUAUCCAAAGAAAGUCAAUAUUUUAUGUAUAUGCACUUCUUUGUUGAAAUAUUACUACGUCCUUUAAAAUCGAAUGAAGCAAAAUAUGAUUUAUUAUGUGAAUGUCGACAGCGUUAUAGCGACAAUAAAAGUCAACAAAAAUUAAUUGACGAAUUUGAGCAACAAUAUAAUUCCAACGAAGCUAUUCGAUGGUAUACACGAAAUUGUUUUUUAUAUCGUCUAUUAAAUAAAGCAUUAAGAUCUCAAGAUUUUGAUAUGAUAUAUAAACUUCGGUAUAUUAUCAAUGAAUUAUAUCAACAGUUAAAGUCUUUAUAUCAUGUUCAAUUACCUGAAUUGAAGAAGAUGAGAACUGUUUAUCGUGGACAAUUAAUGCAUAAGAAUGAAUUACGAAUUCUAGAACAAACUAAAGGAGGCUUAGUAUCAAUGAACUCAUUUCUAUCAACAACAUUAGAUAAAACUGUGGCAUUAGAUUUCAUUGUUGGUGCAACUGACGGUGAAAACUUGCCUGUUCUAUUUGAAAUUAAUUUGAAUAGUACUAAUCCUAUAUCAACCCCAUAUGCUAAUAUAGAGAGGUAUAGUAAUAUCCCUGACGAACAAGAAAUAUUAUUUUCAAUGGAUUGUACGUUUCGCAUUGAUUCCGUAGAGAAAUACACAGAAAAUAAUCAAAUAUAUUUAGUUAAAUUAACUAUAACUAAUCAAUAUGAAGAAGAAAAUGGAUUAAAACAAUUAACAGACCACAUGAGAAAUGAAAUUGAAGACAACACAACUGAUUUAGCCGCAUUAGGAUACUUAAUGAUAAAAAUGGGUCACUACGACAAAGCUCAACAUUAUUAUGAAUUAUGCAGUCAAAAAUUGCCUCCAAAUCAUCCAUAUCUUGGUUCUUUGUACACAAACGUUUCAAUGGCUCAUCAAAAUCAAGGCAACUAUGUUCAAGCAGCGAACUAUCUUAGACAAGCGCUCAACAUUCAAUUAAAAUUAUUGCCUGAAAAUCACCCAGCUCUUGCAAAGACAUAUAUUAAUAUUGGAUCACUUCAUUCAAACCAAGGAAACUAUACAGAAUCAUUGAAUCAUUACAUGAAAGCACUCGAUAUUCAAUUCAAAUCAUUACCUGAAAAUCAUCCAGACAUCGCACAAACAUACAACAACAUUGGAUUAACUCAUCAACUACAAGGCAACUUUGUCGAUGCAUUAAACUACUACGAGGCAGCACUCAAAAUUCAGUUACAAUCAUAUCCUGAAAAUCAUCCAGAUAUUGCAGCGAUUUAUACUAACAUGGCAGCACUUCACAAGAGGAAAGGUGAUUCUGCUGAAGCUUUAAACUGUUAUGAGAAAAUACUGCAAAUUCAAUUAAAAUCUUUACCUGAAAAUCAUCCUGACAUUGCAGCAACAUACAGCAACCUUGGAGAGAUUCCUUACAGUCAAGGUAACUAUGCAAAAGCAUUAAUUUAUUGUGAGAAGACACUCAAUAUUCAAUUAAAGUCUACAUCUAAAAACUACCCAAGCAUUGCCGGAACAUACAACAACCUUGCAAUCGUUCAUCAAAGUCAAGGUAACUAUGCUAGAGCUUUGCAGUAUUGCGAGGAAGCACUCAGUAUAAAAUUGAAGCAUUUGCCUGAGUAUCACCCAGAUAUUGCAAAGUCAUACAAUUGCAUUGGAGAUAUUCAUCAAAGUCAAGGCAACUAUUGCACGGCUGCAAACUACUUGCAGAAAGCUCUUAAUAUUCUAUUAAAAUCUUUACCAGAAAACCAUCCAGAUAUUGCAGGAAUGUACAAUAACAUUGCAUUAGUCUACCAGAUUCAAGGCAACAAUACUGAAACAUUGCAUUAUUAUGAGAAAGCAGUAACUAUUGGGUUAAAAUCUUUGCCUGAAAAUCAUUCAUAUAUUGAAAAGAUAUACAGCAACAUGGGAUCAGUUCAUAAAAAUAAAGGUAACCAUGUUGAAGCCUUGAAUUAUUAUAUGAAAGCACUCGAUAUUCAAUUAAAAUCUUUGUCAGUAAAUCAUCUCAAAUGUGCACAAACAUACAAUAAUAUUGGAUCAUUGCAUCAAAUUCAAGACAAUUUUGUUCAAGCAUUAGAUUUCUAUGAAAAAGCACUUAACAUUCAGUUAAAAUAUUUACCAGAAAAUCAUCAGGCCAUCGCAAAGACGUACCACAACAUUGCAAUAGUUCAUCAGAGUCAAGGCAAUUAUACACAAGCCUCUAAUUAUUUAGAGAAAAUGCUAACCAUUAAAUUAAAAUUGUUGCUUGAAAAUCUUCCUGGCAUAACAAAAACAGACCACGGUACUAGAGCAUUUGACGAAAAUCAAGACCAGUACACUGAGGCAUUGACUUAUUGUGACAAAAUACUUCAUAUUCAAUUACACACUUUGCCAGAAAAUCAUCCUAAUCUUGCAAAAACAUAUAACAAUAUGGGAUUUAUUUACAAACGACAAGGCAAAUAUACUACGGCCAUGCAUUUUUAUUCUAAAACACUUGACAUUCAAUUGAAAUCGUUACCUGAAAAUGAUCCAGAGAUAGUAAAAACAUAUUGGAAUAUUGGUAACCUUUACAGUUGCCAUGGUAAUGAAGCAAAAGCAUUGGAAGGGUGGCAGACAGCAUUGUCUAUUGCAUCGAAAUGUUUGCCAGCAAAUCAUCCAUGGGUUGUUGGACUAUUAAAGAAACUUAUGCCAAUACAAGAACAAGGAACAAAGAGAACACAUCGUGAAGAAAAACAACGAACAAAAAGAAAAAAAUUUGAUCAAGAAGAAACAACUAACGAAAUACCAGAAGAAAGUCCAUGCUCUGCAGAUUCGGAAUGA